UAUGCACACAUAACACAGGCAAGCAGCAAACCUUCCUUCACAUUCAUUCAUUUGUAGCCCUCUCUCUCUUUCUCUUUCACACACACACACACUUUAUAAACACAAAUCAUGUCUUCUUUUAACCAACAGUUUGAUCACCGAAAAAUUCCCCUCAAAGACAUACAAACCGCUACCAGCAAUUUUGCUGAUAAAAACAUAGUCAGACGAGAUGGAUUUGGAAACGAGUACAAGGGGCAACUUCUCUUAAGCUCCGGAAAUUUGAUCGAUAUUAUUGCACGGAGGUUAGAUACCUCGAUCAGUGGGCACGGAUCAGAAGAGUUUCAGACAGAGAUCAAGAUGCUGCAUAGUCUUAAGCAUCAAAAUCUGGUCUCUAUUGUUGGGUUUUGUGAUGAAAAUGAUGAGAAGAUUAUCGUAAACAAGUUUGAGGCUAGGCUAAGUCUUGCCCGAUACCUAAGUGACCCGGUUACACUCACGUGGACACAAAGAUUGAAGAUAUGUCUUGGUAUUGCACGUGCACUCAGUUACAUCCACUAUGAUGAGGGACGCGAUUUUAGCGUCAUACACCGUGAUAUUAAAAGCUAUAAGAUUUUAUUAGAUGUCAAGUGGGAAGGAAAAAUAUCUGGUUUUGAGCUAUCCACGAUGCAACCCGCAGCUCGAAGGGAUGAUCUUCUCUCUGAUCUACCAUGUGGCUCGACUGGGUAUGUUGACCCAACUUAUGUCAAGUCUGAAAGGGUAACCCACAAGUCGGACGUGUACUCGUUUGGCGUGGUUUUAUUUGAAGUCCUCAGUGGCAAGAAAGCAUAUAUCCCAGACAACAAAGGGGUGUUCUUAGUUAAAUUGGCCCGAUCACAUUAUGAAAAUGGAACACUCAGUGAUAUCAUCGAUUCGGGUCUUCAGAACCAAAUGGACUCACAAGCAUUAAAAGUAUUCUCAGAAACCGCAUAUAGCUGCUUGAAAGAGCAACACUCACAACGCCCAAAUAUAGAUCAGGUUAUCUUUGCACUUGAGCAAGCAUUGAAUCUUCAACUCGCCUAUAACAUCCCUGCUAGAAAUUUGGAAAAUUUGAAGAUUCCAUUUCAUGCUAUACAGCUGGCCACAGAGAAUUUUUCUCGAAAAUAUUAUAUGGGGCAAGACAGGUAUAGUUUUGUGUACAAAGCGGAACUUGAUCAUUUUGAUUCAUUUGCAAUGAAAGGCAAUAAAACAUUAGAACUGCCUAGGAGACGUAGCACUGUAACUAUAAAACACAUUCUCAGUAGAGAGGACACAGAAGGACAACAGAGUUUCCUUUCAAAAAUUGAACCACUUACUAGAAAUAUACAUCCCAACAUAGUGUCUCUUCUUGGCUUCUGUGAUGAACAUGAUCAUAUGAUCCUUGUCUACGAGUAUGUAUCUAAUGGAAACCUUGGUGAUUACUUGAGUCGCAAAGAAAAAGGGGCUAAUCUUACUUGGGUGCAACGCAUAAAGCUAUGCAUUGAUAUUGCACGUGGGCUGGAGUACUUGCACAGUACUACGGACGACAAAAAAAAAUUAAUUCACCGGGACAUCAGAAGUGACAAUAUUCUAUUAGGUGAGAACUUUAAGGCAAAGAUUGCUAACUUUGGACUCACUAGAUUCUACCCACGUGGUGAUGAGGAGAGCACUAUCUACGAAACCAAAGUUACAGGCACAUCUGGGUAUAUGGAUCCGGAAUAUAUGUGGACAGGUAAGUUGACAGCAGAAACGGAUCUUUACUCUUUUGGGGUGGUUCUAUUUGAGAUCCUAACCGGGAGAUUGGCUUACGAUUCGGUUUACACCAAAGAAAAUGAAGGGGGUCUUGCACCCAUUGUGAGACAACAUUUCAAGAGAGGAACAUUAAAGGAACUAGUAGAUCCUGAGUUAAAGAAAGAAAGAGAUGGAAAAAAUUUCACACCAAGAGAAGGACUGAAUGAAGAUUCUUUGAAUACAUUUUAUGUAAUCGGGUAUCGUUGUCUGGCAGAACAGCAAGCCCAACGUCCAUCAAUAAAAGACGUCAUCCACGAACUUUAUAGAGCAUUAUACUUUCAGGAAUUUCCCGACAGCCUCCAUAUACCAUUUGAAGACAUAAGAAGGGCUACGGGAGACUUCAGUCUUACAAACUUAGUUGGGAAAGGAGGGUUUGGGAGGGCAUACAAAGGAGAUAUGUCACUUAAUGAAGAACUUUCUCACAUUGUUGCAAAGCGGAAUGAUGCAGGUUUAGGGCAAGGGGAAGAUGAAUUUUUUACAGAGAUCGAAAUUCUUUUUGAGCAUAAGCACGAGAAUGUUAUUAGUCUUUUAGGCUACUGUAAAAAUGAAAAUGAGAGAAUCUUAGUUUAUGAAUAUGCCUCAAACGGAAGUCUGGAUAGGCAUCUGAAACAUGCUAGCCUUACCUGGACGAAACGGCUUAAUAUAUGCAUUGAGGUUGCGAUGGGGUUAGAUUUUCUUCACCGCGGUGGUUCAACACAAGCUCCUGUGAUACAUAGGGAUCUAAAAUCCACCAACAUUCUGCUAAAUGGUAAUUGGAUGGCUAAAAUUGGUGACUUUGGGCUGUCGAUAAUAACUCCAGGAAAUGACGAAUUUGACUCUAUGUUCGAUACUGCUUGUGGCACAUAUGGCUACGUUGACCCAUUGUACCUUAAACGGGGCUUGUUAUCGAGGGAAUCCGAUAUCUAUUCACUUGGUGUGGUUUUAUUAGAGAUAAUGUGUGGAAGACUUCAGGACCCACAUAAGAAUCUUGUGGAUUUGGUUAAACAAUAUCAUAAAGAAGGAAAAGUUGUUGAGUUGGUGUUUGAGGGUAUAAGGGAUAAAAUCUUGCCAAAAUCGUUAAUCGCCUUCGUAAAUAUUGCAUGCGAAUGCUUGCAUGAUGAGCGAGAGAAACGGCCAUCGGCAAGUAAGGUGGUAUUACAACUAAAGGAAGCAUUGAAAUUCCAAUUGGAUGGCUAAUGUUGGAAACUUGGAGAAACCUGAAGGGCUAAAAGGGUGCUUUUUGGAAGUUGAAGGUUGUUGGUGUCUCUUGAUUAGUCAGCUGGAUGCAGUUGGUGUUGUUGUGUGCAUAGAGUUUAGAUCAUAAUCGUUGUUGUUUUGGAUUAUUGUAUGCAACAAAUUAAGAGUUUUAAUCAUUGGAAUUAAGAAUUUUAAGAAAUUUGUUCAAAAAA